GCCUCUCUUCCCCCUUCUUUCCCCACCCCUUUCUUGAACCUCAGCGGCUCCUCGGCUUUCUCAUCAGUUGUGCAGAAACACAAGCUACUUUCCUGUCUCCUUCCCUCUGUCCCAGUGGCACACUGCGCCAUGGAGCCCAGGGCUCCCCUCCUUGUCCUGCUCCUCCUUGCCCUGGCCAGGCCCCUGGAGGGGCAGCAGCACCACCUCAUGGAGUACAUGGAGCGUCGUCUAGCUGCCUUGGAGGAACGGCUCUCCCAGUGCCAGGACCAGAGCAGUCGGCAUGCGGCAGAACUGCGUGAGUUCAAGAACAAGAUGCUGCCGCUGUUGGAAGGGGCAGAGAAGGAGCGGGAGGCGCUGCGGACCGAGGCAGAGAGCACGGCUGGGCGGCUGGACAGGCUGGAGCGUGAAGUUGACUACCUGGAGACUCAGAACCCAGCCCUGCCCUGCAUAGAUAUGGAGGAGAAGGUGACAGGGCCGGGAACCAAGACCAAGGGCCGGAGAAAUGAGAAGUAUGAUUUGCUGACAGACUGUGGUGACACCAUCUCCCAGGUGAGAUCCAUGAAGAUCCUGAAGCGGUUUGGGGGUCCCGCUGGGCUAUGGACCAAGGACCCGCUGGGGCCAGCGGAGAAGAUCUUUGUGCUGGACGGGACGCAGAACGACACGGCCUACAUCUUCCCACGGCUGCGUGACUUCACCCUGGCAUCUGCCGCUCGCAAGGCUGGCCGGGUGCGGCUCCCUUUCCCCUGGGUGGGGACGGGGCACCUGGUGUAUGGCGGCUUCCUCUAUUUCGUGCGGCGGCCCCCCGGGGGCCCUGGCGGGGGCGGGGAGGACACGCUACAGCUCAUCAAGUUCCACCUGGCCAACCGGACCGUGGUGGACAGUUCUGUCUUUCCAGCCGAGGGGCUCAUUCCACCCUACAGCCUGAAUGGAGCCACCUACAUCGACCUGGCAGCAGACGAAGAAGGACUGUGGGCCGUGUAUGCCACGAGGGAGGAUGACCGGCACCUGUGCCUGGCCAAGCUGGACCCACAGACGCUGGAUACGGAACAGCAGUGGGACACUCCCUGCCCCCGGGAAGGGGCCGAAAGUGCUUUCGUUAUAUGCGGGGCCCUUUACGUGGUCUACAACACCCGCCCACCCAGCCGGGCCCGGGUGCAGUGCGUCUUCGAUGCCAGCGGCGCCCUGGCCCCCGAGCACGCCGCCCUCGUCUACUUCCCCCGACGCUAUGGGGCCCAUGCCAGUGUCCGCUACAACCCCCGUGAGCGCCAGCUUUACGCGUGGGACGAUGGGUACCAGAUUGUCUACAAGCUAGAGAUGCGCAAGAAGGAGGCAGAGGUCUAAUAGAUCAAGCUGCGGGUUGCCCUCCCUCCAUGUCCCUGCUCCAGGCUGAUGAUUGGGCAUAAGUAUUCCUACUCCCAGAGCCGGGCUGUAUUUCUUAGCCCUUCCCUGGGCUCCCCACGGAUCUUGCAGUGUCCCCACAAUGGCCACAUUAAUUUUAAAAGUCUCUAUUCCCUGACAUGUGGACAAGCCCUCUCCCUUCCCCUCCCUGCCCCUCACCCCAACAUUUAGCCUGUGCUAACUCUUCCCACUGGUUGCCGUAGUCCUGGCCUGUUCCCUCCCACUCCCUCAAAUCAUCCAAAACAGCCUUUGCCUCCAAGGUUCGGGCCCAAAUUCUAGCAUUUUAGGUUCCCUGGGGCAAAUUUUCAUUAACCCUAUACUCUUGCAAAACAGAUUAGAAACCCAGCUGUGUUCAGUGAAAAAGAAGAUGAUAAAGUUUGGACCUCCUCUCUUCAAGCAAGCAUGGUCACCAGGGUUUCACCAUGGAAUUGCUUGGAUCCCCAGGUCUCAGUUCUCAUGUGUUAAACAAAUUUGGGCAGGAUCCUCAUCCCGCUAUCACUGUGCUAAUUCUGCUAAAUCUCCUUCUCUUCCCGAACCCCAGACCCCCGGCUCUGAGAGUGUGGCAGUCAGGAGACUGAGAGAAGUAUAUGGCUCCCAGCUCUUGGAGCCUGGACAAACCAACCAUAGAAUUAAAAAAACAGCAGGUGAUGGAGGGUGUACUUUGGCACUGGGUGUCCUGCCUCCUGGGGUCUACAGCGAUUUCUGAGAAUCUCAUUUUUUGUAUUGUGACAUUUUGCAUUAAAGGAAAAAUCCACCACUCA